CCUCUAAAGGAAGAACAGAAAACACUGAAUUACUCAGUCUGGUAUACACACACAUGCUGACACCAAAAAAGAAAAGAGCACUUCCAUGAUGAGAAAAGCUAAUAUCCCUCAAGUCGAAUCUGGGAUGAAGAGUUCUGCUCGUAAUAUGAAUGCACAGAGCACUAAGGGACAGGGCAGCCAUGGGACAGAACGAGCAAAAUCCAUUCCAACAAUUGCCUUUGGCAUGAAAACCUCCAGGUCAACCAAUUCUCUAGCGUUCGAGUCACGGCUGAGCAGGCUGAAAAGAGCAAGUAGCGAUGACAUGCUCACAAAGCCAGUGGGCAUUACAGCUGCCACCACCUCCAGACUGAAGAAGACCAUUACUACAGGCGCCAUCUCAGAGCUGUCUGAGAGCAAGUACAGGAGCACCACAGGUGGGGCCACAGCUAUAAGGAGGACUGGUAUACCAACUCCCCGGGAACUGCCAACUCCAAUAGCAAGAGAUAGGACAAAUCUACGUCCUCCAACCACUACUACAGCAAAAAAAACACUACCAUCUCCUACAUCUCCCAGUGGCUCUACACCUGCAAAGAACAUCCGUGCUUCCCCUAAACCUAAACAUGACGAUGAAUCUAACAGCCCUUUUGUGUUGGAAUCACAAGUUAGGGAGCUGUUGGCUGAAGCAAAAACAAAAGAUUCUGAGAUUAGCAAACUACGGUGUGAACUGCUGAAGUGCAAAGACAAGGAAUGUCCAAGCCCUGACAUCCCAGUCUCACUGGAAGCAUCCACAGAGAUUCAGCUAACAGAAGGUAAAGACCUUGAAGUAUUGUUAAAGACCUUUCAGGGCAAGAACCUGUCUUUACAGAAGAAGCUUGUUUUUUUGCAACAAGAAAAUGAAGACUUAAAGCAGAAACUGCACAGCUUAGAGCAGUCACCACUUUCAGAUACUAUAAGCAGCAAUGGAACUGAUAGCAGUAUCAUAUCACCUUCCACCCAAGCGACAAGCACUGGGAGCAGGAUGAAGAGCCCAUUGACAGAGCCUGAGAACAACCAGUUGCUUGCAGGACGACAUGGCCUUCCUAUAUCUGGUUCAUCAAGCAGUGAUGUCACUAAAGCCUCCCUUUCUCCUGACUCUGAUUUUGAGCAUUUAGCUGAUAUGCCUUCCAGACCAGGGUCAACUGGAAGUAUUCCAUGCCAAGGCUCCAAAUGUUCAACUAGCGGUAGCUCCCCAAAUAACAUUAGUGAUCUCUCUGUAGCCUCAUUGACUGAAAAAAUACAUAAGAUGGAAGAAAACCAGCAUAGUACUGCAGAAGAACUUCAAGCAACACUACAGGAACUCUCUGAUCAAAAUCUAGUGGUACAGGAGCUAACAUUAGAAAGUGAAAAGCUUGUGGAAGAAAAGGCUUUUUUGGAAACCUCGCUACAGCAGCAAAGGCAAAGGGCAGAUCAGCUAAUGCAGGAAAAUGAGAAGUUCAAGGCCCGUCUUCAAGACAGGGCAAAGACAGAGGAAACCCAGGUUCAAAGCAAACUGACAGAGGUAGAAAAGAAAUACUCAGAGCUUGUAGAAAAGUCUCAGUUUGAAAGGGAAAAAUUGCUUAACAUUCAGCAACAACUAACAAGUAGCUUGAGAAGCCUUGAAAAAGAACACCAAGAGGCUCAAGUGAUGAUUAAAAGAUUAAAAGAAGAAACUGGAAAAUUGCAAAGUCUCCUGGAAACUGAGAGGAAAGAGAAAACUGGCAUAGCCAAGACAGUAGAAAAUCUAAGUGUCACCAUUGAAGGUCUUAAAAUUGAAGGCAGCUGUUUGAAGUCUCAACUGGAAGGUGAGCGCCAUAAAGUGGCUGAAAUUACAGCUAUGGGAAACACCCCCGAGAACUGUGAGGUUCAAGAAAUGCUGAAUUCUUCUCACAAGGAGAAAGAACUUCUAGAACUGACAUGUUCUGAACUUCGUCAAGAGCUUUUAAGAGCCAACAGUGAAGUCAAGCAGCUACAGUGUCUUCUGGCUAAGGUAGAAACUGAGUGUCAUGACCUGAAGCAACUGGGAGACCAGAGAGAGGAAGAACUAAAAUGUGCAAAUCUGAAGCUUCAGGAGAAGAAUAUCGAGAGAGACACGGAAAUCAAGGACAUGAAGGAAACUAUUUUUGAGCUGGAGGAUCAAGUGGAGCAGCAUCGUGCUGUCAAACUCCAUAACAACCAACUCAUCAGUGAUCUGGAAAACAAAGUUGACAAACUGGAAGAACAAAAACAAGAUCUGGAGAGACAACUAAAAAUCCUUAGCAGGCAGAUGAAGGAGGAAGCUGAAGAAUGGAAGCGAUUUCAAGCCGAUUUACAGACAGCAGUGGUGGUUGCCAACGACAUUAAAUGUGAAACUCAGCAGGAGCUGCGUGCUGUGAAACGGAGGCUGCAAGAGGAGGAAGAGAGGAGCGCCCGGCUUCAUCAAGAGCUGGAAGACAUGGAGGGCAGCAGGAAGGUAUUAUGUGAAGAUGGUCCUAUAGAUGGAGAUAAUGCUAUCCGAUGGCAGAGUCUUGGGCCAAACCAAAUAUCAAACUCUUCUAGUGAACCUCCAGCUACAGUCAAAUCCUUAAUCAAAUCCUUUGACACGGCUCCCCAAGGUGGUGGGAGUCCUAACGUUGCUGUGCAGACUGCCCCCCGCAGCCCUCUGAGCGGGAUACCAGUGAGAUCAACUCCGGCUCUUGCUGUAUUGCCCAUGCAGCGGCUCUCUGCUUCCAGCCCUUUGAAGAUCCCAAGUAAAGAUUCGGAGAAGCAAUUAGAUUUUACAGAUAAACAUAACGGGCAAAGAGAUGAGCUUACUCCCGACCGUUUCCCCCGCAAGAGCCCCUCCUUGGAGUCUCUCAAUACUGCAUUGGGCUUUGGGUCAAGAACGUCUUCACCCUUUGCAAUGGACCCUGUGUCACCUCAGAGCAAACUCAGUGCGGAAAGGAAAGAUCCCUUAGGUGCCUUAGCCAGAGAAUAUGGAGGCUCCAAAAGAAAUGCUUUGCUCAAGUGGUGCCAGAAAAAAACUGAGGGCUAUUCGAAUAUCGAUAUAACAAACUUCAGCAGCAGUUGGAGCGAUGGCUUGGCCUUCUGUGCCCUUCUCCACACUUAUCUGCCAGCUCAUAUACCAUACCACGAGCUCAACAGCCAAGACAAGCAGAGGAAUCUAAAAUUGGCAUUUCAAGCUGCUGAAAGUAUAGGAAUAAAGGCCAGUCUGGACCUGAAUGAAUUGAUGUUCACAGACCGUCCUGAUUGGCAGAGUGUGAUGAACUACGUGUCUCAGAUCUACAAGUAUUUUGAGACUUAAAGGAAUGAUUGUGAAAGGGUGAUCACUACAAAGGAAGCACACAUUCACUUUAUUGACCAGGUUCUAGCCAGUAUACACAAAUCUUCCUAUUACUGGACCUGGCUUCGUCAAUGGAACUUUCCUGUUCACUGUCAUUAAAUGUUGGUGGCAUGUGCCACAAUAAGGCAUGCAGCAUCCCAGUCUCCAUGCCGAUGGCUUGGAGUUUGUAAUGCCACUAUCCAUAUCUUCCCUCCUGUAUGUGCCAUAUAUAAUCCAGUACUGCCACCGUAUGUCCAGUUGAAUGUGCAGUA